CUAUGGGGUUCUGGAACCUUUUGACUCCUCCUUCUACUUAGUCUUAUAAACAACUACCACUACAACUCUCUACAGUCUACCACGUGUGUUUAUCCCUGUCGAUUGAACAUUCCCUACCCCUCCCUUUCUCUUUCCCCUGUCUCUAACCAAAUUAACCAUUUUGUCGUAUCCAGAACCUCUUGUGUUCGGACCUGGCAGACCGACAUGGGUUCCAACAACGGGAGAACGACCAAGUUGUCGCUGGUCCCGCUUCCCAAAGGCUCGGUUCUCCUGCCUGGAGUGACGCUUCGGAUUCCCGUCUCGAAUCGACCGGAUCUGGCCAAUCUUCUCUCGUCGAUCCUCGACCGCACGCCCGUGGGGAGACGCGAUGGGAACGUCAUCGCAUUCGGAUGCGUUCCGCUCGGAUCCCCGUUCCUGAGCAAGGAUGGCCAACAUCUGAUUGAUAAUGGGAGCUUGGAUGAUGCCAAGAAGGAAGACUACGAAGCUAUCGAUGCUGGUCAGGCGAGGAAGGAGGAUCUGUAUCAAUUUGGCACGGUGGGGAAGGUGAUUGGCGUCCAGCGUCGUGCCUAUUCGGAGCCGUCGCUGGUGGUUCAGGGUAUGCAGCGUUUCACGAUCAAGCGUGUGUUGAAGGAGCGGCCGUUCUUUGAGGCAGAGACGCUCGUGCAUGAUGAUCAAGAUUCGAUCCCGACCGAUGCCGAGUCAGCGGAACUCUUCCAGCAAUUACGACAGAUUUCGCGAGAGCUUCUGACUCUGCUACGCCUCGCUUCCUUGUUGCCGUCUUCAACGACCCGGUUGUCGCCUCUCAUCGCCCGUAAAUUCGAACUCUUCAUCAGCAAGACCGAAGUGUCCCAGGCGGGGCGACUCGCCGAUUUCAUGGCCGAUAUCGCGGACACGACCAACGAAGAGAAGCUUCGGAUCCUCGCCUCAUUGGAUAUCAAGACCCGGUUGGAGAGAGUGAUCGAAGUCCUCACCCGACAAAUCCAGAACAUCAAGAGCAACGUCAAGGUCACGACCCUGUCGAACAACAACUUUUCUCCCAACUCUACCUUUGAUAUCAACCAGAUGGAUCCGCGCGAUCGUGAGCUCCUGGCGAGGCGCGCCAUGGCCGGUCUGAGCGGGCUGGUUCCUCCUGGAUCCGCCGCCGGACGGAACAACGACAACGACGAGAAAGAGACCAACGAAGUUGACGAACUGCAGCAGAGACUCCGGGACGCGGAGCUCACCCCAGAAGCGCGGAAGAUCGCUGACAAGGAGCUGCGACGCCUCCGGAAGAUGAACCCCGCAAAUGCUGAAUACGGAGUUUGUCGCACGUAUCUGGAGAAUAUCGCAGACAUUCCCUGGGUGAAAGUGACGGAGGAUCAGCUCGGCCCUGAGACGCUCAAGAAAGCUAGACACCAGUUGGAUGACGACCACUAUGGACUCGAAAAGAUCAAGAAGCGUCUUCUUGAGUAUCUGGCCGUCUUGCGGUUGAAGCAGUCUACGAACCAAGGCGUUGAACGCCAGAUUAGUACCCUGACCAAGGAACUCGAAUCCUCCGAUGGAGGAGAUCUGGAGAAGGAGGUCCCGACCCUGUCGGAAGCGGAUCGUGUCUCUGUGGAAGCAAAGCUGCAUCUUCUGCAGUCGAGACGCUUGACCGACAAGUCACCCAUCCUGCUGUUGGUUGGUCCCCCUGGAACCGGUAAGACCAGUCUGGCGCGAUCGGUCGCCGCAUCUCUUGGUCGCAAAUUCCACCGCAUCUCUCUGGGCGGUGUUAGAGAUGAGGCCGAGAUUCGAGGCCAUCGGAGAACUUACGUGGCCGCCAUGCCGGGGUUGAUCGUCAACGGCCUCAAGAAGGUUGGCGUCGCCAACCCGGUGUUCCUCCUCGAUGAGAUCGACAAGGUUGGCGGUUCCAAUUUCCAAGGGGACCCGUCAGCAGCCAUGCUGGAGGUCUUGGACCCUGAGCAGAACCACACGUUCUCGGAUCACUACAUCAACAUUCCGCUCGAUCUGAGCAAGGUCCUCUUCAUCGCCACGGCGAACUCUCUCGACACAAUCCCUGCACCGCUGCUCGACCGAAUGGAGACCAUCUCGUUGGCCGGCUACACGACCGUCGAGAAGCGACACAUCGCGAAGAGGCACCUAAUCCCGAAGCAGAUCCGAACCAACGGGCUCUCGGACGGUCAGGUCACCCUCUCCGACGAAGUCAUCGACAAAGUCACCACGUCCUACACCAGAGAAUCCGGCGUUCGUAACCUCGAGCGGGAGCUUGGCUCAGUCUGUCGCUACAAGGCCGUCCAGUACGCAGACGCAAAUGAUCUCGGCCGACCCGAGACUUACAACCCAGUGGUCACCGUCGACGACCUGGAAGAGAUCCUGGGGAUCGAGCGCUUCGACGAAGAGAUCACCGAGAAGCACGGCCGGCCCGGCGUAGUCACAGGUCUCGUCGCAUACUCCACCGGCGGCCAAGGCAGCAUCCUCUUCAUCGAAGUGGCCGACAUGCCCGGAAACGGGCGCGUGCAGCUAACCGGCAAGCUGGGCGACGUGCUCAAGGAGAGCGUGGAGGUAGCGCUCACGUGGGUCAAGGCGCACUCGUUCGAGCUGGGCUUGACGUCCGACCCCAACGAGGACAUCAUGAAGAGCCGCAGCCUGCACGUCCACUGUCCUUCUGGCGCGAUCCCCAAAGACGGACCCUCCGCGGGUCUCGCCCACACCAUCGGCUUGAUCUCCCUGUUCGCAGGCAAGCCCGUCCCACCGAAGCUGGCCAUGACCGGCGAAGUGUCCCUGCGCGGCAGGGUCAUGCCCGUCGGCGGCAUCAAGGAGAAGCUGAUCGGGGCGCUGCGCGCCGGCGUCAACACCGUUCUUCUCCCCUACCAGAACCGCAAGGACGUCAAGGAUGUGCCCCAGGAAGUCAUCGAUGGUCUGGAGAUCAUCUACGUCAAACACAUCUGGGAAGCCAUCCGUCAAGUCUGGCCCGAUGCACACUGGCCCGGCCAGCAUCACGUCAACUUUGUGGAGAGCCGGCUCUAGUCUUCUCACUUUCCCUGUCGUUUCUGUUUUUUUACCCACCGGUUGUUUAUCAUUUGUUGUUGUCUCCCCCCUCAUUUCCUGUCUAUCCUUCUGUAUUUAUUCUGCGUCGUUGAUUGAUUAAUUGCUUGCUUGAUUGAUUAUUACUACACUACCUCUAUUCGAUUGCGGGCGCCACUGGGCUACUACCACCUACCACCUGUGCAUAGCGUUUAUCUUUACCAACAUCGCAAUACCCCGACUCAACCAUUCUCCGCGGUAGAUGUCAAAGCAAACUACUUAGACGCAAGCCUAGCCUAGCAAUGAUUUUCUUUAUGUACCUCGUUCAAGGAAGGAGAUGAAGAUUGAAGAAAAAGAGAAUUCUUCAGCAAGAGUAAUC